GCAUUUUUACAAAAUAAUACUUUUAGAAUAUUUAAAAUUUUCUUACUAACCUUAAUCGAAACCUUUUGCGUACUCGAAACGCCCAGAUAAUGGAGAUUUUCAAUCAGGCAUAUCCUAAACGCCUAAAGCUGCGUGCAGUCGUGAUAGCGGACGGGACAAACUUGUUGAUGUUGAGUUGGCAGUUUGGCUUCAAUGUGAAUUCGUCACAUAUGAGUGUUUUUCCUAAAAACUGCACCUUGCAUGUAGGCGUCUUGAAUCUGAGCGCAUAAUUCACCCCCAGCAGAACCUUUUGGUGUCUAUGCCAUUAUCACAGAGCGGCGUCGCGACGUUAACGGUCUAGGGGGAACUCAGCCCACCGUGGGCAUCACUUAAACCAGCUUCGGUUCUAUUUGUAUUUUCUUGGUUUUUAAUUCUUGUCGUAGUGCUGGAAGGACUGAUGCGGCGGCUGCCAUGACACUAAGGAGAGUGAAUGGAGUCCUUCUCGUUCUCCUGGCCGUGGCCAUACUGAUCAUAGUUCAUCGAAACCUCCUGAAUCUCAGUGACUUCUUGGACAGAGAAAACCCAGAUGCCGGACAGAUUCUUCCUUUCGAGGCGGAGUUGUCUCCUGGUGUCAGGCAGAAGACGGAAAGGAAAAGAGACGAGAUCCCUGUCCUCAUCACUGCCACAGAGGACAGGCUUGGGGCCGUGAUCGUUGCGAUGAACAGCGUCUCCCGGAACAGCAAAGCCAAUGUGGCCUUCACUAUUGUGACCCUGAAUGAUACAGUUGAUCACCUAAAGGCGUGGAUAAGUAAGACAACAUUAAAAAAUGUCAAAUAUAAAAUAGUUAUCUUCCAACCAGAGCUUCUGAACGGGAAGAUAUCAAAAGAUCCUAAAAUGCUGGAAGCUACAAAACCAUUGACUUUUGCCAGGUUUUAUCUGCCCAUGUACAUACCAGAGGUAGAGAAGGCGAUUUAUCUCGAUGAUGACGUUGUUGUACAAGGGGACAUUCAAGAGCUUUAUGAAAUCAACCUGAAACCGGGACAUGCAGCCGCCUUCUCUGAUGAUUGUGACUCAGCUUCUGCUAAGGGCAUCGUUCGAGCAGCUGGAAAUCAGAACAACUACAUGGGUUUCCUGGACUUUAAAAAGGAGGCUAUUAAAAAGCUGGGGAUGAAGGCCAACACGUGCUCCUUUAAUCCGGGAGUCAUUGUUGCAAAUCUGACCGAGUGGAAGAACCAAAACGUCACCCAGCAGCUGGAGAAAUGGAUGGAGCGCAACUCUCAGGAGGAUCUGUACAGUAACACGCUCGCAGAAAGCAUUACAACUCCUCCGCUUCUCAUCGUCUUUUAUAAACGUCACUCCCCCAUCAACCCAAUGUGGCAUGUGAGACACCUGGGCAUCACAGGCGCUGGAAAUCGCUACUCUCCCCAGUAUGUGAGGACUGCUAAACUGCUGCACUGGAAUGGACAUUAUAAGCCCUGGGGGAGGACAACGUCCUUCUCCGACGUGUGGGACCAGUGGUUCAUCCCUGAUCCCACAGGGAAGUUUCAUCCCGUGCGAAAACACGCAGACUGAAAAAUUACUCUUCGGAGACCUUUGGACCAACGCAGUCCCUGGUGGAACACAGUGUGGCUCCUUUCACCUCAGGAACUAAGCAACCAGCAGUCUUAUUCGCCAUCCUCUGGAUUUGUGGACCCUCUUCACUCCGACGUUAUCUUGAACACAGAUGCCUGUUUUUACUAAAUGUUUUCCUUGCAAUGACUCCAACUUGCCCUUAGUUUCUUUUACCAGAUAUAAUGCAUCAUCAAUCAUAUGAUACAACAUUACAUAAUGUUUUAGUUUCUCAGGCCUUUUGAGACCAUAUUUGACCGUUGAUUUAUUCUUUUUCUUUAGGAAUCCCAUGGCCACAUGAGCUUCAGAGUUGUGUUUUAGGUGCUGUGACUCACACAGAUCAGUUACUGCCUCACAAGUGCACUAAAAUGAAGCUAUUACCAUUUUCAACAUAUUUAUAUUCUUUUACCCUCUGGUGCAUAGCGGUCACUACAGUGGACAGCUGUUUAAAAGUCAUUGUUUCCUAAAUGCAGUGGUUUCUAUGGUGGAAUAGCAUAUCAGUCCUUAGGAUGCUCUCUACUGCUCCCCUCCAUUGAGGUUAAUUCGGUGGCAAGUUGUUGUAACUACAAGUUAGUGCCGUCGGAGUCCAAGAUGGCUGGCAGACAGACACACUCGAUGACCACUCCUGGAAUAUCCUCUCAAUCCUUCUAUUCUAGGAAAAUCCUAGAGGUAAAAAAAAGUAUGCUCACAUGCAGGAAUAUCUAAGUAACAAUAUUAUUAACUUAGUUUGGAAAUUUUUAUUUCACAUAAGUAGGAAAUUGUGAUUAACCAUGUGUCCAACACAGUGGACAUCAUGCAUCGCUGACUAUAUUUUUAACAUAAGUCAUGUAGUUGAUUUAUCUUUCAUUGUAACUGUUUUGCUUGUAAUUUAAUUCAUUUUGAGUAUAUCUAUAAGUUAGUUUUAAAAAAUAGGCUUUUUUAUGCAGAUCAGUUGUAGUUUGUGUUAGUAAAAUUAUAAUUUUCUCAUACUUUUAGACCACAAGUGCAGCAAAGAAUAAGGAACACUAUAGAAUAGUCAAGGAAAUUCCCUCCGACUCCUCUGAUGAUGAGUAUAGUGACAGCAGUGAUGAGGAGUGGCUACCAGAGAACACUAGAAAUUUAGGAGAUACGGAUAAUGAAAGGAGAUGCAGACAGUCAGGAUGCUGAAAGUCAAGAUGAUGAGGGCCAGGAUGAUGGACAGGUUGCAGAGGGAGGUCAGCAAGAUGAGGGAGCUGAGGAAAAUGUCCACAUGGUACCAACUCAGUGAAAUGUUCACAAGGGCCAUGCCCGCACUCAACCCCGCAAAUAUGUAUGGAAAGUCCAAGUCUUGUUGACCAGUGUGUGGCAACGUAUCCCCACAGACGUAGAAACAAGUGGUGGUACAUCAGAGUGUUUUCAUUUUUUGGAUGCGACUGUUGUAAAUGCCUGGCGACUCCACCAGGAUUGGAAAAGAUGAAUCUCCUCAUCUUCAAAGCUUCUGUGGCCCGUGCACUGAUAAAUUCUGGCUCCGUUCAGCAAAACAGAAGAGGAAGACCCAGUGGAGCCCCACCUCCAGCAAAGUGCAGAGCAGUGACGAAAGUACCCAGUGAAGUCGGGUUCAGCGCAGGAAAUCACUUGCCCGAGCUCACCCAAGUCAAAAAUGCAGAUGCCACGAUGCUGCAUGCACAAGGAAGACCAAAUACAUCUGCAUGCAGUGCCAUAUGGCACUGUGCCCUGGAUGCUUUUCCAAUUUUCAUGUAGCCUAGGAGUUAGAAAAAUUAGUUAGGAAAGAAGUUAGAAGAGAAGUUUUGGAGAUGCAGGUGUUUGAUGAAGAUUGUUCUCUUGGUUUAGACUAAACAGAAGGGCUAUAGGAUGUUAAGAGUGUAUGAAAGUAUGUUCAAGUGCUUUUCAAAGCCCACAAUGGACUAAGUGGUCAUGGAUAUAUGAUCAAGCUCAGAUUAAAUUAUUCUUCAGUUAAGUUCAUACUGUUCUGAGUGCUGAAGCGCAUGCAGUCCACUGUAGUAGACAUUUCUGUAACUUCCUGAAAAAAA